UUCGGGCGGCUCACACCCGCUAAUUUACUCCGGCGGAUAUUCCGCGACUUCUCAUGCUUCGAAUGCUCUCCCCGCUGGUAACAUCUGUCCGUCGGGAAAGAUUCUGACUACUGGCAUGGCAAACCGGGCCACCAAGACUGAUACGUUAGGGUCUGGCACUGGGAAUUAUGGCCAUGGGAGCAUAAUGCGGGGAGUUGGAGCGCACAAGUCCACUGCUGGUGGCGUCGGAAGGGACAGCACUGCUGGCCUAGCCACAAGUUCUAGAGGAUUUAUGGCUGGAGAGGCAUUGAGAAGUGGAGGGCGGAAUGAUCCGGAGGAGUUCAAGUCCAUGGGGAAUGAACAAUACAAGAAGGGUAAUUACUUUGAAGCUUUGAAUCUAUACGACAAGGCAAUUGCAAUCUCUCCUGGAAACGCAUCUUACCAUUGCAACAGAGCUGCUGCAUUGAUUGCUCUAAAGCGGUUAGACGAGGCAUUGUGGGAAUGUGAGGAAGCCAUCAGAUUGGAUCCAAGUUACGUCAGAGCUCACCAUCGAUUAGGAUCUUUGUUUCUCUGUUUAGGGCAGGUCGAAAAUGCGAGACAACACAUUUGUUUUCCAGGCCACCAGCCGCAGCACAUAGACAUGACAAAGUUGGAGAGGGUUGAGAAACAUGUAGGGAAAUGCAAUGAUGCCAGAAGGCUUAGAGACUGGAGGGGCAUGUUGAGAGAAGCUGAUGCUGCAAUUGCCUCUGGUGCUGAUUCAUCUCCUCAGCUAUUUUCUUGUAGAGCAGAGGCACUUUUGAAGCUAUCCCAAUUAGACGAUGCUUCUUCAGGACAAUCAAUUGUUCCUCAAAUAAAGCCACCAUUAGCCGCUUCUUCCUCCUACUUCAAGUCAAAGAUUUUUGGAAUGCUUACAGAGGCAUAUAUAUACUUUGUACGGGCUCAGGUUGAGUUAGCCCUUGGAAGGUGAGUUUGGGUUCAUAAGCUUUGCCCCAACUACACUACAUUAUGGGUAUGUUCGGAUACCAAAAACUGCUAAGGGAAAUGGAAAGUGCUAAGGUUUGAGAAUGCACUUAAAACCAUUGAGACAGCUCGGCAGAUUGAUCCUCGAAACAUCGAAGUUUCACUUUUACUCAGCAAUAUGCGUUUGGUUAGCCAAGCCCGUACUCGUGGAAAUGACCUUUUUAAAUCUGAAAGGUAUACCGAAGCUUGUACAGCAUACAGUGAUGGCCUCAGGCUUGAUCCUUCAAACUCUGUUCUUUACUGCAAUAGAGCAGCUUGCUGGUAUAAACUAGCACAGUGGGAGAAGUCUGUCAGUGACUGCAAUCAAGCCCUCCAUAUCCAGCCAAGUUAUACUAAAGCCCUUCUUCGACGUGCUGCCUCAAACAUGAAGCUCGAACUGUGGGCCGAAGCGGUAAGAGAUUAUGAAGUCUUGAGGAGCGAACUUCCGAAUGAUAAAGAAGUAGCUGAAUCUCUGUUUCUUGCUCAAGUUGCACUUAAGAAAUCCAUGGGGGAAGAGGUUUGUAAUUUGAAAUUCGGAGGAGAAGUUGAAAUUGUUUCAGGACUUGAACAGUUCCGAGCUGCUAUUUCGUCUCCUGGGGCAUCCGUAGUGCACUUUAAAGCAGCUUUCAAUGUACAAUGUUGGCAGAUAUCCGCCUUCUCAGAUGCAUUGUGUAGCAAAUAUCCAUCCAUAAAUUUUCUCAAGGUGGAUGUGGAAGACUCCCCAGUAAUUGCUAAUGCAGAGAAUGUUAGAACUGUACCAACAUUCAAAAUUUACAAGGAUGGUAAGCGGAUGAAGGAAAUGAUAUGCCCUAGUCCAGAGGAGUUGGAGUCUUCAGUUAGGCUUUACAGUACAUGAACACGACGAUCACACAUUUAUUUUCAGUUCCUCAAAUUUUUUGCAUGCUCUUGUUCAUGCAGCCCACCACCAUUCUCAGGUUACUGGAAUCUGCCACCCCCCGGCAUUAUACAUGGGGAUCUGUCUGUAUGUUGUUACUUGUGACCCCACCAGAUCAUUCACCCGCAUAAUCUCCCGCCAAAACAACAGUGUAUUGAAAAAUAGAUUAGUUUCUUCCCCUUUGACAUUAAUUCAUUCAUUCCUCAGUGGCCUCCACGGCUUUUUUCGCCACCUUCCUUUUCUGUUUACCUUUUCAUCCUCAAGUUUCCAUAUUUCUACCCUUUUGCCCUCAACUUUCCAUGUUCCUUUUUCAUUUGUUUCAACCUCCACAUGUAAGGUGAGACUAAAAUGUAUGUACAAUUUUAAAAAGAAAAAAGAAAGAAGAGAGGGAGACCCCUUUAGCUAAAUAGUCAUGAGAAUCUAGAAGAGAUGGAUAAGGAUCUAAACAUGUAUAUUUUGAUGAUGUACUUAAUAAUUGUCGGCCACAGAAGGAUCCAGUAUAUCCAUCUCUUGAAUAGUCUAUGAUAUAUGUAGGGAGAUUUCAUGUAUGAAUAAGGGAUGAAGAAUAUGAAUGACAUAACAUUGUCAAUUCCUUGUUCAAACAUUCCACCAAAAUAAAUGUUUCUCAUUUCUCUCUUCACUAUUAAUAUCUUGCUUACCC